GAAAAAAAGUUCGGCUCAUUCUCCGAUAGUCUCCGACCAGACGGCGAUAACAGAAGCAGAUAUCAGAACAGGGAGGUUGCGACCGCUGUUACCAGAUCAGGAAAGUAAAUAAUGAUAACAGAAACGAUGUACCUCGGGCUCGUAUGGUACAGAAAUGUUAUAACCAACGGUCCGACGACAAGCUGAUAAACCCACGGAAAGAAUAAAAACAGUCAAAAACCGCUACGAAUGAUUAUGGAACGUGAUGAUGAUGGUUCAAAACUGGAUUGCAAAUUUCUACUCAAAGACGGAUUUGUCCAGUCGGUCUGUAUUAUCUUGCUCAUCGCCUCUUUAACAGCUUCAGUCUUAUUCGGUUUUUUAUGUGGCCUGUUAGUGUUUUCCUCGUUCUUUUUGGGGAUUGUCACUUUCCAUUUAUCCUUCAGAUGCAAUGUCGAGUUGUCCAGCAUUGUACUUUUUCUUACAAAAGGUUUCCAGUCUGCCGUGAAAGAAGAUGCCGAGCCAAACAAAUGCAACAUAUGCGAUGACAAGAACUGCGACAGAGAGAAAAUUGUACACAAACAGAAACCGUGGGCUGGACUUAUGGUCUCUGAAGAGGUUGAUACGGCCAUCCAAGAUCUACUAGAAAAGGUGAUGGAAGAGUUCAUCCAAAGUUGGUAUAAAAAGAUAUCUAUAGACAGCAGUUUCCCUGCCGAGAUACGCCAAACGAUAAGAUACGCAUCCAGCACAGCACUAUCUAGGGUGCUACAGGUCGAUAUUGGACUGUUUAUAACAUCAAAGUUGAUCCCAGCAGUAAUAACACAUAUCAAUAUGUGCAUUGGUAGUGGGCCAGGCAGGAUCCUGUUCCACCCUGCCGUCUAUAACAGGAAAGCUGAACUCGAUUAUCUUAGGUGUAAAGUUAAGGAAAUACUGCCUGUACUUCUUGAACAAAGAAAUUUUAAAUGCAGUACUUUUUCAGCGAUGAUGGUGGAAAUUCUAGCAGGCUGGAUUUUUCUUCCAUUGGCGUCAACAGCGGACAGUGCAAUCUUAAACAACCUACUUCUCCUACUCCUUGGAAAUCAAAACCUCACAAAUUAUUCCAAUUUAGAUAAACCUGAAGUCGAAUUCUUAGACAGAUUUGUUAAAAAUGAAAUCGGCUUGGAGAGCAACAAUUGGGCUCUACACCCUGAUUUAUGUAAUAUAUUAAAGGACCAAUCUCUCCUCUAUGCAUUUAUGCAGUUUUUAAAGGACCAAGGAGCUGUACACAUAUUGCAGUUUUGUUUGGACGUAGAGGAAUUCAACAAACGAAUGUUGACACCUGAACUGAAUUGUGUUGAAUUAGAUUUACUGCAUAGAGACGCUUGGGACUUAUUUUCGGUAUACUUCAGCCCACACUCACCCGACAACAUUGGAUUCCCACCUGACCUAGUAGUGCAAAUGAGGAAAAUUUUAUCUAAAGAUGUUACCAAGCUUAGGACGUCUCGACCAUUGUUUCAAGCCUAUGAACAUGCUUACAGCCUGUUGGACAAAAACUAUUGCCCACUCUUUCAUACAAGUGAUGAGUUUUUCACAUGGCUUUGUGGUCCAAGGACACCAGCAAGUUAUAACAUAUCAGGAGCAAGUUCCCCAUCCUUAACUGGAUCCCCGGCAAAACACGGACGAUCUAAGAAACAAGAAGGUACUGUUUCUAAAUUAAGCUCUAAACUACAUAAGAUAAAAGGUGCUCUUCGAUCUCAGACCAUAUUAGAUGGGCAUGCAUAUGAUAGUGAGGUGUUGCAAUUGGAAGCGGAUACAGAAUUUGGGGAUGACUUAGUAUUGAUGGCAGAAGAGGAAGAGCGUGAUUUGAGCUCUUGGAAAAUAAGGAUUAACAACGUUGAUAACAAACUAGACUUGUCAACAGGCAAAUUGACGCCGACAUAUACGAUUCGCAUCCACAGAUACGUCGAAGGUCAGUCAUGUGGAAAAUGGACUGUUGAAAGGAGGCUGGCAGAUUUUUACACCCUUGAAACAAAGCUCACAGAAUUUCAUGGAGAUUUUCCAGAUACUCAGUUACCCCCUUGUGGUCUACUUGCCCCCAGUCCUCCAACUGAACCUCAUGUAUAUGAAGCAUAUUUACAGAAGCUUUUGUCAAAUCCAUCGCUAAGGGGCUCGGAUCUUUUGUUCUUUUUUUUGACUAGCCCUGGAGAGUUCAGCGUGAGCGAUAACGCCUUUGGCCGACUUUUAAGAAAAUCCGUUCCUAUUUCUCUUAGGAAAGAACGAGGCCAAAAUAUUGAUUCGUUCAUUACUACUUUCUUCUUGUCUACAGAUAGCAAAAAAAGCAGGCAAGAUUGGAAAGAUGGAACUUUAGACUUGACACCUCGGAGAAUCAGGUGUAUAACCAAUACAGUAUUCAAAGAUAAUUUAGGUCUCAAGCUUAGCAAUUUUCCCUCAUUUCAAACAAAGAACACACCAAACAUUCCAAUUUUAAAAGGGCCUUCAGACUGCUUAUUGCUUUUAGGAGUAAAAGUGUUCAAAGUGCCAAAUUUUGUAGUGAGGUUGGCUCUGGCUGUGCACUCUUUGCUCAACAAACCUUUGGACAUGAUUAUAACAUACUUUAUUGAAAAGAAAGUAAAAUCUCUUCUCGUUCCUCAAAGAAUAGCAAAUCUCAUCAAUCUUCUUCAGUGGGUAGUUUUUGAAAAACAAGGGAAAUCAAACCCAAAAGAAAUCUCUGACGAAGUCAGUAAGAAAAUCAACGCUCUCAAAGGAAUCUCACAUACUUUAUUUCAGACUGUCUUUCUAAUUGUACAAAACCCAAUUCUUAACAAACAGCUAUUUUAUACUAUUUUUGAUCUUGUGAUUGAAGAAUUAUUUCCCGAAAUUCUCAAAAAAGGGUAAACAAAACAAAACCAAAAACAUUGUACAUUCCUAUGUAAAGAAUAUUUUUGUUGUUAAGUUUAAGCUGAUAUGUAAGAAAAAAUGUUACCAUUUAUAAUAUAAUAAUCUAUUCUAUAUGUAAAAAUAGGGGGGACAUGGGUAUUUUU